CUAUUCCUCUCUCAGCCCCCAGGUCAAGCGCGGUUGGGGCGCUGCCAUCACGUACCAAAAUUGUCGGCCCUAUCCAAAGACGCAGCCGGCGUCUCCCUUUCGGCCGACGCAGCUGAUUCGACGGGAACAGACGAUAUGGGUGUCAUAAGGAAGAAAACCGUCAAUCGCGGCGGCGAGGGGGGCGUGAAAUACCACUGCGAUGUCUGCUCCGUCGAUAUCACCUCAACUGUUCGCAUCCGAUGCGCCCAUAGUGCGUGUCCCGAUUACGACCUUUGCGUGAGCUGUUUCGCGAAAGGCUCCUCCAGCGGCAACCACAAACCAGAGACCCACCCAUACCGCGUCAUCGAACAAAACUCAUUUCCCAUUUUCGACCCGGACUGGGGCGCAGACGAAGAGUUACUGCUACUAGAGGGUGCCGAGAUUUAUGGCCUCGGCUCCUGGGCCGACAUCGCCGACCACAUUGGAGGUUUUCGCGACAAGGACGAGGUGCGCGAUCACUAUCUCAAAACAUACGUCGAAUCCUCCCGAUUCCCACUCCCGGAACGAUGCAGCCCCCACGACAUGGAACUGGCCAACCAGAUUUCUCGCGAGGAUUUCCAGGCCAAGAAGAAGAGAAGGAUCGAGGAGCGCAAAGAAGCAGCGAAGAACGCGCCCGCCCUACAACCCAAGACGAAGCCGACGGCGUCGGUCCCGUCCUGUCACGAAGUCCAGGGCUACAUGCCGGGCCGUCUCGAGUUUGAGACGGAAUACGCGAAUGAGGCAGAGGAGGCCGUGCAGCUGAUGCAGUUCGAGCCGGGCGACGGUCUCAAUCCGCGCACCGGCGAACUCGAGCCCGAGACGGAGCUGAAGCUGGUGACGAUGGAUAUUUACAAUGCCCGCUUGACCCAGCGUGCCGAGCGCAAGAAGGUCAUGUUCGAACACAACCUCCUCGAGUACCGCGAGAACACCAAGCAGGAGAAGAAGCGCACCAAGGAGGAGCGCGACAUGGUGAACAAGACCAAGCCGUUUGCGCGUCUCAUGAACCACACCGAUUACGAGAACUUUGUCCAGGGUCUCUUGGACGAGAUCAACCUGCGUCAGGCCAUCGCCCAGCUUCAGGAGUGGCGCCAGAUGGGGAUCGGCGACCUGCGCAGCGGCGAGAAGUACGAGCAGGAUAAGGCCCAGCGUGCCCAGAAAAACAUCCCCAUGGGGUCCCUGGACCGGCUGGCCUCGGCCCAGCGAGGCAGUAAGGCCGCCGCAGCGCCCGAGCCCCAGAGCGGCGCCUCCUUGCUGGUGGCCCCUGAGCUCCCCGAACAGCUCGCCCCCUUCACCAACUCGCCCUACGGCGUCGAUCCCGACGGUAACUCUGUUUCCGUGCCGAGGCUCAAGACGGAGGCGAACGGGACCAACAAAACGAGCGAAGCGAAUGGUACCAACGGCACCCACGGCACCCACGGCACCAAUGGCACAACGCACGCGUCCGCCAAACGUCCAUUCUUCAUGCCGGCACCGAUCCCCGGCAUCAACCCGUUGCAGCACAACCCCGGAACGCCCGACCUGCAGCUCAUAGCGCCGCACGAGCUCAAGUUGUGCGAGGUGAUCCGGCUACAACCCAAGGCGUACAUACUCAUCAAGGCCGAGGUUAUGAAAGAGGCGAUACGCGGCAACGGCUAUCUGAAAAAGAAGCAAGUCAAGGAUAUCUGCCGCCUGGAUCCUCAGAAAGGGAGUCGCAUCUUUGAAUGUUUCGUCAACUGGGGAUGGAUCGGUAAAGCUUGAUGGUCGUGUGUGUGUGUGUGUGUGUGUGUGGCUUUUUGAUAUUUUCUGUACGAUAUUCGGGGCCAAGGCGCUUGGUUUUUCUUUUCUUUUCUUCUUUUUUUGGGAUAGGUAGUCUUUACGAGUAAUGAUACCCCUGAUCGAUGACAAGCAGUCUUGGAUGUGGGAAGGUCA